GAGCGAAAUUUCAGCAUUAACGAACUAAAACAGAAAAUGGCGCUAUCCUAUCAUCUUCUUCCUCGGCUCCAAUUCACCAAAACGGUGCGUUUCACUGCGAAGUCUCAGACCCCAACAGAGCCGUCGUCCGAGGGCAAAGAGGUCCCGCCGAAGAAACCCAGUUCCCAAGGGAUGGGAUUCGGGUCGUCGGCGACUUCUGCGAGCAAUUCCAGUGUGAGUUCGAAGCAAAAGAAGGGGAGGGCUUCGAUUAUACGGCGGUCGCCGGUGGAAAAGCCGGUGCUUUUUAGCGAAGAAGAUGAGGCUAAGGUGAAGGAGAUGGGGAGUAAUGAGGGUGCUUUUGUGGUAGCUUGGUUGGUGCUUGGAGGUGUGAUUCUAGUUGAAGGUCUUGCUCUUGCUACUUCGGGCUUCCUUCCAGAAAAGUGGGAUAAAUUAUUUGUGAAGUAUUUAUAUCCAUCUUUUACGCCAACAGUCCUCUUGUUCAUUGCUGGAACAACUGCAUUCGGAGUAAUAAAGUACCUGCAGAAUGAGGAACUCAAAGGUCAGAAAUGAUAUUUACCUAGUAUAGAGAGAAACUUUCAGGUACAUGAGGAGGCGCAAUUCAGUAGUUUUUAAGGUUGUAAUUGAUAGAAAGAUGAAUAUACUAAGAAAUUGCAGACCACCUACAGUGCUUCAUUUAAUCAGUUCUCUUAAUUGACCCUUGGUUUGUUGUAACACUCGUCAUGUGGGAUCACUCAAGUCCCAUGCCUAUGGAUUGAGGGAAACCUCAUGAUCUGAUUUCUUGCAUGGAAUUGGACCGUCCAGUUAGUUCGGAUAAGAAUCCAAACAUUUUCAUA